AAACAGCGGCAGCUGGGACUCUGUGCUGUGGCAGCCUAAGCGAACGUCUUCAGGGGCUGAUGAAAAUUGCAGGCAUCGUUGGGCUGUGUCCUAAGGUGAAUCAACAUGAAGAAAAGCCCUGGCUGCUCGUGCACUGAUAACUUCAUCUUUUCAGACAUCUGGGAACUACCACCACAAUGUCUGGAAAAAAAUGACUUCACACGAAUGCAGCAGAGGCAAACCAUGGUUUGGCCAAAAAUGGAACAGAAUUUACAAGAGAAAAGGGAAGUUCCUGGAGUAAUAUGGUCAGAUGAGGAUGGAACUGGUGUGAAUGAGCAGAAGAGAAGGUUGGAAGAGUGCAGUGGUGAUGACAGCCCUCCGCUGCUCCUUCCCCAGAGGAAGGAGCUCCAAGUUUAUUCACCCCUCUUUUACCAUGAGGCAGAGGGAAAACAAUGACAAACACACAGUAAACUUCGUUAUCAACAAACAGAAGUUGUUACCAAGGCAACAGAACAACAGCAUCCCUGCAUCCAGCCAUCACAGUGUGAAGUGAGUUUCAGAUGAGGAGAUGCCUUGAGGGGCAAGGAGACCCUUCAGGAAAAAGCUGACCUGAUAAAGGAACCAAGGAAUUGCCCAUCCCAACUGAUGUCUUUUUUCCCUUUCUCAAUAAAGAGAAGAGCUUGCAAGAGCCCUGAAAGACA